CACCCAUCCAAAUACUAAUUGCAAACUGCAGCAUUUAUAAUCGUAUUCUCUCGUUUGAGCUUGAGGUCUCUCUUUCACUCUCCCCUCUUAUUGGAUGCCGAAAUCUGCGGUUCCUUCUGUUCGUUGGUAUGGUUGGGGUCGCCACUCGCCACCUGAGACCUCACCUCUAAUAGGUAGGUAUUGUUUGGCUACAGCUCCACCGCACCCCUUUCUCAUUUCUCCUCUUCUGCUUUGGGAAUCCUAUAGUUCAAUCGGUUCUGCAUCGCCCCAGAUUGAUCAUACUUCGGACUCGGAGGCGUAUUUCGCUCAGAUCUGUAUAAUUAUCGUACCCAUUUCAUAGCUGGAUUGAAAUCGAACAACCUCCCAGUUUGUAGUGGUUCCGGUCCCUCUAUUCCCUCCCAAACCUUCCAUGGUGAAAUCCCCAAUUAUCUGGUCUCCAACCGGAGAGACACCCUCCAUUCGCGAGUCCCUUCCAAUUUCAUCAAGAAAUCCGCACAAACAAUAAUAGUAAGGAUAGAAGAACUUGGACCCCUCAUCCCUCUCUCUCUCUGUAAUUGAUCCCUUACUCUCUCUCAUGGCUAAUAAAUGUUUCAGCUUCACCGCAUCAAGGGACUGGUGCUACCGUUACGCCUUCGCUAGCACUGGGCUUCGAUCGGCCACGACCGACCUCGGCGAUGGCACUGUCGUACAUUGUUGGGUCCCCAAGACGCACAAACAGAACAAACCAACUCUGCUCCUACUCCAUGGAUUUGGAGCCAACGCAAUGUGGCAAUGGGGCGAUAUCCUCCGCAGCUUCGUCUCCCGCUUCAAUAUUUACGUCCCCGACCUCCUCUUCUUCGGUGACUCGUUCACCACUCGCCCCGAGCGGUCCGAGUCGUUCCAGGCCCAGUGCAUGAUGAGAAUGAUGGCGGCCCACGGGGUGCAAAAGAUGAUCUUGAUUGGGCUAAGCUACGGCGGGUUCGUCGGGUACGGCAUGGCGGCGCAGUUCCCGGAGGCGGUGGAGAAGGUGGUGAUAUGUUGCUCCGGGGUGUGCCUGGAGGAGAAGGAUAUGUCGGAGGGCUUGUUCAUCGUCUCCAACUUGGACGAUGUCUUCAGCGUUUUGCUGCCGCAGACGCCGGAGAAGCUUAGAGAGCUCAUGCGGUUAUCGUUCGUCAAGCCGGCCAAGAUCGUUCCUUCUUGCUUCCUUCGCGAUUUCAUCGACGUUAUGUGUACAGAAUAUGUUGAAGAGAAAAAGGAGUUGAUCCAUGCUUUACUCAAAGACAGGAAGCUUUCUGAUCUUCCCAAAAUCUCUCAGCCAACGUUAAUAAUCUGGGGAGAGCAAGAUCAGGUAUUCCCAUUGGUGUUGGGACACAGAUUGAAAAGUUAUCUUGGGGAGAAUGCUCAGCUAGUAGUGAUAAAGAAUGCGGGGCAUGCUGUCAACUUUGAGAAGCCCAAGGAGAUAUACAAGCACUUGAAACCCUUCCUUUUUGAUUCUCCUCCUCCUUCUCCUCCAUCACAGCAUCCUCCUUCAAAGUUUCUUGAAAACAAAGUAGAUUGAUGAACUGGUUUAAUCUGAUACGUACUACAUUGUUAAACUAAUAUCAUGGCUAUAUGGAAGCUGCUGGUGGCCUGGUGGGACUCUUAGAAAAGGCAGGCAGAGGAAGGUUUAGUCCAAAUGUGCAACAAAUUAAUUAAGGAUCCAUAUUGGUGAUGAUGAGUAUGUAUAAUUGAUUGAUAACAUAAAUGCAUAUUGUACAAUAGAUCGAUUGAUUCAUUGAUUGA